AAGUGUCACUUUAUCGCUCUGCGGUAAUUUGUCGGGAAAUGUAAAUAUUUCUUGUUACCUGCUAAGCAUGUGGAUUUAAAUUCUUAAAAUGGGCAAAGAAAAGUCUAAGAAACGAAGAAAAUCGAGUUCUGAUAGCUCGAGCUCAAGUAGUUCGGAUUCGUCACGAGAAAAGAAAAAGCUCCGCAAGUUAAAGAAAAAGCUGAAAAGGGAACAAAAGAAGACUGAGAAAGCGUUGAAGAAAAAGCUACGAGAAGAGAAAAAAAGGCUUAAAAAGAAGCACAGGAGCAAGAGUUCUAGCCGCAGUCGCGAUGAAGCGAAAGAAGCUUCAGCCGAUAUACCUCUUGAACUGAUGGAAAAGUCCAAAGCCAUGGCACCAAUGACCAAAGAAGAGUGGGAGAAGCGACAGAGUGUAGUUAGGAAGGUCUUGGAUGAGGAAUCAGGAAGAUACAGGUUAAUUAAAGGCGAUGGGGAGGUGUUAGAGGAAAUUGUGUCAAGAGACCGGCACAAGCAGAUCAAUAGACAAGCCACACAUGCAGACGGAGCAUUCUUUCAGUCACAGACUGUUGAGAAAAAAAUGCUAUAGAGAAGUCACAUUUAAUAAUAAUUUAUUUUCAGUAAGAGAAUGGACCCAAGUCACUUGCACCAAGAUAUGAUAUUACAUGCUUAAGUAUUGUACUUUAUCCUUGUAUUGUAAGUUCAAAUAAAUGUACCUUUCUAGGAGUUGAACUCCUGCUUAAAA